AUGUCACCUUCAGCCAAGUUCCGCCAUGUCCUCUCGAGCUUCGUCUCGAACAUGCUCAAUCGCCUGCAUGGGCAACCUGAGAGCUAUGAUAAGAAGUCCAAAUAUCGUUUUGGGCGCACCCUAGGCGCGGGCACCUAUGGCAUCGUCAGAGAGGCCGAGGGCCCUGAUGGCAGGGUUGCUAUCAAGAUCAUCCUGAAGAAGAACGUGCGGGGCAACGAGCGCAUGGUCCUCGACGAGCUGGACAUGCUCCAACGUCUCAAGCACCCUCACAUCGUCAAGUUCGUUGACUGGUUCGAGUCGAGAGACAAGUACUAUAUCGUCACAGAACUUGCCACCGGUGGAGAGCUGUUCGACAGAAUUUGCCAACAGGGCAAGUUCACCGAGAAGGACGCCUCCCAAACCAUUAAGCAGGUCUUGGGCGCCGUCGACUAUCUCCACAAGAACAAUGUCGUUCACAGAGAUCUCAAACCCGAGAACUUGCUCUACCUUACCAAAGAGGCCGAUUCCGACCUCGUCCUCGCCGAUUUUGGCAUCGCAAAGAUGCUCGGCACCAAGGACGAGGUUCUUACCACCAUGGCUGGCUCUUUCGGGUAUGCCGCCCCCGAGGUCAUGCUCAAGCAGGGCCACGGCAAGCCUGUGGAUAUGUGGUCCCUGGGUAUCAUCACCUACACCCUCCUGUGCGGUUACUCGCCAUUCCGGUCCGAGAACCUCCAGGAUCUCAUCGACGAGUGCAGCGCCUGCCACGUCGUCUUCCACGACCGGUACUGGAAGGACGUCAGUGACGAUGCCAAGGAUUUCAUCCUGAAGCUGCUGAAGGCUAAGCCUGAAGACCGGUGGUCUAGCGAGCAAGCCCUCGCUCACCCCUGGCUCAGCGGCGAGAACGCCACCGACCACAACUUGCUGCCUGAGAUCAGCGCUUAUCUCACUCGCGCGCGCUUGCGCAGAGGCAUCGAGAUGGUCAAGCUGGCCAACCGCAUCGAGGCGCUCAAGAUGCAGGAAGAUGAUCCCGAGAAUUCGGACAUGCCAAAGGAUGCUACGUCAGCAGCGAACCAGACGCGUCAUUUCCAGUCGGGCAAGAAUGCUAACGAAGAGGGCAGCAGCGGUGGUGGCGGCAGCAGUGGAGAGAAAAAGGAGGGUGAGCAAGCAACGGGGGAGAAGCGCACGUUGAGCAAGGCGAUCAAGGGGGCUAUUUUCCGUGAGGUUGUUAUGGCCAAGGUCAGGGAAAUGAAGGAGCAGGAGGAGACGUUGAAGGUUACUGGGGAGGCUACGGGGGAGGGGUCGAAGUAAAUAAUGAUGCUGAGAAUGUUGGGAGGGGGAGUGAUGAUACCAGAGUGGGGGGAGAUACCGAUUGACACACGAAGCGUGCGUGGCAUAGCAGGACUUUUUUGGUUCUUUUUUCCUUCUUGCAGGAGAAUUUUGAUCAGAGCAAGCCUGGUUAGUUGGUGCGUUGGUGGUGUUGGUACCUUUUUGUCGCGCUAUAAGAGGUUGGGUUGGUUAAAGGAGGAGGCAAUUUAAUGAUUUUUUUUGAUUUUUUUUUUUUGGUUGUCCCAGGAGAGGGUUUAGUCAGUACCUGCCUCAAAUCAGCUGUAGGGUUCAUGAUAGUCAAUUAUAGCCUAUGUUAUAUCCUCGAGGUACCUAUG